UGUUUUGAAUUGACAUUGACAAAACCCAUUUCACGAGGUUGAUAGUCCGUGUUGUGAUGGGUGCAUUCCCGGAUACACUGAUGUACAUUUUCCAUUUACAAAAACAAUAUUUGUAUGCAUAUCACAGUAGCAGAUUGUAGCGCUCAGUUUCUACUUCUGAAUUCAAUUAUAAAUGAAGCCACAGACACAGAAGAAUAAUUUCAACAAUUCCACAUAAUUGACAAUGGUUUCAUUACCAUUCCUACGAUUGACAUGCACCAGCAUGUGCAAAUACAUUUUGAGAAAUAUUAAUCUCAACAAAAGUUAUCAUCUGAGAAAUAUGAAAUUGGACAAUCUUCUGCAAGUCAAAAGAUGUAAACACUUGUGUCGUUUAAGAAAGACAAAUGCUGUCACUUUUGAAUUGACUAAAAUGAGUUCAGAACUGAAGUACCAAAUCAGCCCCCAGAGCUGGAAUACUUGCUCCUCUUCUACAUCAACAAGUUGUCAACCUUUUUCCAGUGCGGUUGAUGGAAGGUUUCGGAUGUUUUCCACAACAUCGUGUCAUUUUAGUGACAACAAAGAUGAUGACAUUCUGAAGGAUGAUCCAUUCCUAAGAGACAUAUUAAAAGAAAUCAGAAAAGAUUUUUCGUCAGAUUCUAAGACAGAUCAACCAGCGGCAGGUCUUGAUGAAAGUAAAGUAGGUAAAAUAGAGGAAAUUAUGAAAGAAAACAAUGACAAAAAGAAGGAUGAAAACAAAGUUCGGACUAAUGACAUUAGUGGAAGUAGUAGUGAUAGCGAUACAUCAUCUUCAAGUGACAGUUCAAGUUCAGACGAGGAUGAGGAUUCUACCGCAGGAACAAACGAAAGUGGUAAACUUUCACAGGAACAUCAGUCUUCUUCAACAGAACCUGAUAUAGAUAUAGGAGGGUUCAUCAGUCUCGAUCCUAUGGAAAGCUUUGAAGAAGUAGAAGAAUUCCCAGACACAUUUGAACCAGAAGUAGUUCCUCAAUGGGAAUCUCCAAUUGACCUCAAAAGAGGAGUUACGGGCGUCUACGACAUUGAGGAACUUGUCGUUUUACUGAAGGCUGAAAACGCCAAAGACGUUUGUGUGAUACGGAUGCCGGAUCACCUGAACUUAGGCGACUACAUCGUCAUUGUGACCACCUGGUCUUAUCGUCACAUGAAAGCCAUCACCAAAAACGUUGUGUCCAUCUAUAAACUGAAGAAAAACUCUUCUGACAGAUUUCCGUUGGUUUCCGGAGUAGAUGAAGGAGAAUGGGUAGCCUUCGAUUUAGGUAACAUCAUCCUGCAUGUGUUUAAGGAAGAGGUGAGAGAGAAAUAUGACCUUGAAACUCUGUGGGCUGUGGGUCCGAAAUUUGAUGAGAAAAGUGAACAAGCUGUCAGUCCCUACAUACUUGAAGACUCUGAUCUGGAUUGGCUUAAGGAAUUCUACAAAGAAAAGGCUGAGAAUUAGGAAAGAUAAUUAGAUGUAAUAUAAAAACCUGGAAGUGGAUAAACUGGAAAUUUGUUAGAUGUGAACUAAAAACCUAUAAGUAAUAGGUAUAUUCGUGAUGGUGUUAUAGAGACAUUUUAAUUGCAGAGAGGCGUUACAAAAUUGACUGGUUUGAGACUAAUUCUGAAAACAUCUCAAUAACAGGACAAGCUUGCAUCAUUAUAUUGACUGAAAUCUAUUCAGAUAUUAUAUAAAUGGAUCUUAGUAAAAAAAAACUGUUGAAGAGUGAUUAAAAGGCAAAAGUUUAAACAAAAGUGAUUUUCGUUUGUACUU